CUUCGGCUUUGCCGUAGCCCUCCCAGUGAGCGGGUGUGUGGGUAACGUAGUUCGGCGCCAGACACGCGGGGCGUUGCGUCGCGUCGCCGUCCACGCGAAGCCUGCGAAAAAAACAUGGCGGGCCUGGAGCUGCUGUCCGACCAGGGGUACCGUUUAGACGGACGAAAAGCCACCGAGCUGCGGAAGGUUCAGGCCCGCAUGGGGGUGUUCGCUCAGGCGGACGGUUCUGCGUAUCUAGAGCAGGGAAACACCAAAGCCCUGGCUGUGGUGUACGGUCCACACGAGAUGCGGGGCUCACGCAGUCGGACUCUUCACGAUCGGGCCGUUAUCAACUGUCAGUACAGCAUGGCCACAUUCAGCACAGCAGAGAGGAAAAGGAGACCGCAUGGGGACCGCAAGUCCACUGAGAUGAGCCUGCACCUCAAGCAGACGUUCGAAGCUGCUGUGAUGACUCAGCUCUACCCGCGGUCUCAGAUAGACAUCUAUGUCAAGAUCCUGCAGUCCGAUGGAGGGAACUACAGCGUGUGUGUGAAUGCCGCCACUCUCGCGGUGAUUGACGCCGGCAUCCCCAUGCGGGACUACGUGUGUGCCUGCACUGUCGGGUUUGUGGACGAGACCCCCCUUGCGGACCUUUGCUAUGCAGAGGAAAGUGGAGGAGUGAGCUCUCUGGCCCUAGCGCUGCUACCCCGGAGCGGACAGAUCGCUUUGCUGCAGAUGGACGCCAGACUGCAUCAGGACCACCUAGAGACUUUGAUUGAGGCUGCCAUGACGGCUUGUAAAGGUGUGAGCAAGGUGCUGGAUGAGGUGGUCCGACAGCAUCUCCAAGAAGUGUCAGUGCUCACUGGAGAGUGAUACAGGGAGGAGGGGGGGCAUCUGGACUGUGUUUUUGGCUGAAGCCUGGAAAUGUUCUUGGACUUUGAAUGGAGAGGAAUGAUGGAGAAUCUUGUUUGAGUUUUUUUUUAAUGCAUUCAUAGCAAUUACUGUUUACUUUUGUAUAUUCGUUGUGAAGCUAACAAUAAAUAUGUGAGCUCUG